AUUGCCAUUAUCGGACUUUUCAUAUUUGGCCUGCCCUCUUUUUUUUUUCUCUCCCGACGCGGUUGAUAAUUGCAAACAAAAGCACUUUUCUUUAACUCGCCAAUUCACCUCCCCUCCCCCUAAUUUACCUUUCUUAUAUUUAUUCAAGUUAAGACGCGUCGUUUGCAAUGUCCGAGCACAAGCUGAGAAAGAUUGUCGAGCACAACAACCGCCUGAAGGAGCUGCUAGACCUGCCCCGAAUUCCCGUCUCGCAGGCCAGCGAGUCGCUCAUUUCGUACACCCAGAACACCAAGGACUUCCUCCUGCCGUCCAUAUGGGGCCCUCCGCCGCAGGACCCCUUUGCCAGCCAGGCGGCGGCGGCUGUGGCUGCUCGGUCAUGUAGCCCACGGUCUCCUGACAUCUACCAAACGUGUAUCUCUCUCCCUUUCUCUUAUUUUUCAGCUGCCUUCAAUAAACUAUUUAAAUUGCAAUUGAAUGGGCAGAUUAUUACCACGCGCAUGAGCGCCAUCGCACAUGACAGCAGCAGCAGCAGCAGCAG